GAGGGGCGGGCCGCUCGGGUCCAGGCCGUCCUCGGGCGGGCCAUGGCGGAGCAGCCGGGGGUGGAGUCCGGGCCCCGGCGCGGCGACGCGGUCGGGCCCCGCAGCUCGCCGGUCCACGAGCAGUUCUCCCGGACCGAGAUGGGCGGGCGGGCGGCGGCCAGGCCCGGCAUGGAGCGCUGGCGCGACCGGCUGGCCCUGGUGACGGGGGCGUCGGGGGGCAUCGGCGCGGCGGUGGCCCGGGCCCUGGUCCAGCAGGGACUGAAGGUGGUGGGCUGUGCCCGCACUGUGAGCAACAUCGAGGAGCUGGCUGCUGAAUGUAAGAGUGCAGGCUACCCCGGGACUUUGAUCCCCUACAGAUGUGACCUGUCCAGUGAGGAAGACAUCCUGUCCAUGUUCUCGGCGGUGCGCGCCCAGCACAACGGGGUGGAUAUCUGCAUCAACAACGCCGGCCUGGCCCGCCCGGACAGCCUGCUGUCGGGCAGCACCAGCGGCUGGAAGGACAUGUUCAACGUGAACGUGCUGGCCCUCAGCAUCUGCACGCGGGAGGCCUACCAGUCCAUGCGGGAGCGGAAGGUGGACGAUGGGCACAUCAUCAACAUCAACAGCAUGUCCGGCCAUCGCGUGGUACCGCAGUCCAUGGUGCAUUUCUAUAGUGCCACCAAGUACGCCGUCACUGCACUGACCGAGGGCCUGAGGCAAGAGCUGCGGGAGGCCCAGACCCACAUCCGAGCCACGUGCAUCUCUCCGGGACUGGUGGAGACGCAGUUUGCCUUCAAACUCCACGACAAGGACCCCGAGAAGGCGGCCGCCACCUAUGAGAACAUAAAGUGUCUCAAACCCGAAGAUGUGGCCGAGGCCGUCAUCUAUGUCCUCAGUGCUCCCCCCCACGUCCAGAUCGGAGACGUCCAGAUGAGGCCCACGGAGCAGGUGACCUAGAUGCCUGUGGGCAGCUCCUCCACGCCCCUCACGGCCGGGGCGCCCGCCCCUGAGUAGUGUGGGCUUGGGGGCCCCUGCAUUUCACUACUCCCAGGGAGGGCUCGGGAAUUUGAGGUUUUUACAUCUUGUCGAUUUUUUCCCCACGGUGAAUGUGAAGAAAAUGGGGUGGGGAGAGGAGGUGGGUGUCCCUGAGCUGGCUGGAACUUGUUCUUGGUCCCCUUCUUGGUGUCUUCCUUGUGACCUAGGGAGGGAACUGUGGCCCAAAGGGCGGGGUGGGGGGGCUUCCCCUAUUUCUUGCACACACACCCCUCCGCAUUCCUGAGGGAUGUGGGGGUGCCCAGAGCUGCCUUCCUCUGUGUGUGUGUGAGUGCCGUCCCAGGCCUCCCGCUGGCUCCCCCUGCCCGCUGCCCGGUGCCC